AUGGAUGAGCCUACGGGCAAACGGCUGCGCAUUAGCAGUUAUGCCUGCGCAGUUAUAACUGCACAGUUGGACCGUGCAGUUAUAACUGAAAGGAACAGUGGCUCCAUAUCCCCUGCCGUCGGCAGCUAUGGAGUGGAAUCUACUAUACAACAACGGGUGCGUGAUGAUGUUAUCACUACACCUGUAACUCUCGUCGAGAGUGUUAGACCACCGAAGGACUUGGGAAAAGACAAAAACGAUGAGGAAAUCCAACGUCUGCGGUCGGAUGUCUGCCGUUUGUCUGAAGAAUUGGGCUUCAUGGCCGAUAAAUUCGAACAAUACACCAAAGAAACAGAUGGGAUGAAGAAGAAGAUUGUGGCCCAGCAGGAAAAGCUUCAGCAGUGGGAGAAGAAGAAUGAAGAAACUGAACACCAGCUGGAGCGGACUAACCAGACUAUUGUGACGCUUCAACGAAAUAUCUCGAGCCAAAACAAUCUCAUAGGCUCAUUAAAAGUGGAAGCGAUAAUGAGGGAUAGGAAGAUCGAAUCUUUGGAAAAUGUUAUUGCAGAAAAGGAAACCGUGAAGAGAGAUUCGAUCAUUCCUCGUCUAGAAAGAACACUGGAAGAACUGUCCUCUCAAUGUGAGCUUCUGGAGGCAGAUAAGAAACAAUUGGAGGAACGAAUAGUAGAACUUCAAAUGGAUAAGUCCAAAGCCGAGCUCGAGAAUCGAGGCUCAGACGCUAGGCAAUUCGAGUCUCUAGUUUCUUGGAUGGAAAAUUUGUCGUCAAACGAAUGGGAAGAAACUGCCAAAGCGGAAUUUGAUAUAGACCGCUUAAAUAAAGCAGUUAUUCAAAUGAUGAAACUAAUGAAUCGACGAACUCUUGAUCAAGAGGAUAGGACCAACGCCAGGGCAUUGAUAGCUGGACUGAAUAGACAGAGGAGAGCUCUAGGAUGUAACAAGGCUGAUUUGGCCAUGAAAGCACAUCUUGACAUUCAUAUACAUAUCCUGGGCAAAGCUCGAGGUAACAGAAUCAAAAAGGAGAUUGAAAAAUUUAAAGAAUGUUCCUGCCAGAAGAAAACUGUCCUACCGACAGAGAAUGCCUCUGUCAUUCCAAGAUUUGGACUUGUACCGGAGAUCAUUCCUACUUUGAGGGAUUCCAUACCCAUGGCCCAAAGCGAGACUUUGAAAAAAGAGCUCACCACUAAUACUUCUGCAGUUGUUCCAGAACAAGUUGCUCCUAAGCGACCAAACUACAGCUUUAAGAGACCAAAGUUUCAAGAGGAGAGAGACGUUUUCUUCAAUGAAAAGCAAGACAUACUGAUAAGGAAAUUGACGCAAGACCUGUACGAAUGUCAAUUGGAAAGAAAAAGGUUGAUAGGAUGGGAACAAGAUCUGGGUACCCAACAGAAAGAACUGAGGGAAACUGAGAACAAACUGAUCAAAAUGAGGAACUUGCUCGAGACAUUGGGUGAAUAUACUGUGGUGGACAAUGAAAGGAUGUUAAAACAUGCAGAAGACUUGAAAGAAUUGGAAGAAACCCUAAGUAUAAGACAGAAAAAAUUGGAAGAAAAAGAAAAAUACAUGCAGGAAAGAGAACAGAAAGAAUUGGGACAAAAAGAAAAAUACUCGCAGGAAUGGGAAGAAAACGAGAGUAUAAGACAGAAUGAAUUGGGACACCAAGAAAAAGACUUGCAGGAAAGAGAACAAAAAAUGAAUAUAAAACAGAAAGAAUUGGAACAAAAAGAAAAAGACUUGCAGGAAAUGCAACAAAAUGUGAAUAUAAAACAGAACGAAUUGGAACAGAAAGAAAAAGACUUGCAGGAAUGGGAAGAAAACGUGAGUAUAAGACAGAAUGAAUUGGAAGAAAAAGACUUGCAGGAAAGAGAACAAAAUAUGAAUAUAAAACAGAAAGAAUUGGAACAAAAAGAAAAAGACUUGCAGGAAAUGCAACAAAAUGUGAAUAUAAAACAGAAAGAAUUGGAACAGAAAGAAAAAGACUUGCAGGAAUGGGAAGAAAACGAAGAGGAUGUCUUUAUGGCUGACGAGUUUCUCCCAACUCUUCAAGAGGAGGAUGUCUUGAUGGCCAGCGAGUUUCCCCCAACUCGUCAGGAGGCAGGAGGACCACAACUCAGGAGGAUGAGAGCCUACAGUUGUUCGGAGGCUGCAGGAUUACCUCUCAUGAGGAUGAGAGCUGACACAUGUUUGGAGACAGGAGGACCACCACUCAGGAUGAGAGCUAACAGCUGUUUGGAGGCUGGAGGAUGA